UCGACCGCCUCGUCGUUUGAUUACAACGCAAAGUCGCUCCGCUCGCUCGCUCGUUUCUCUCAUUGCAACUUUUGCAGGCACUCACUCCACAGUCAUGAUCACCAGCUGAAGCCAAGACCUGCAGUUUGGCUCUUUUUUAGAGCCAAAACACUAUCGAUACCCGUGGAGUUAAGUUGCAGACAUCCUUUUUUCCCUCACGCACCUUGGGCCGAUCAUCACAUUGAAUUUCUGGAUGUGAUUUUUCAUUCUUUUAUAAUUUUUCGCUCCCCGAUGAACUGGGUUAGUAAUGCAGGAGACAGCAGCGAUUCUGUCCUCGGCUCAAGAUGGCAGAUUUUUAUUGAGUUGUGAACAGUGCUGGCGCUUCAUCUUUUGCCAUGAAUAACAGAAAUCCUUGCACCGAUGGCCCCUGUAUACGAAGGUAUGGCCUCGCAAGUGCAAGUGUUCUCCCCUCACACUCUCCAGUCAAGUGCCUUCUUUAGCGUGAAGAAACUGAAGGUGGAGCAGAGUUGCAACUGGGAUAUGACCGGGUACGGCACGCACAGCAAGGUCUACAGUCAGAACAGCAAGCAGAGUGUCUCAGUCGCCCCAGUUGGCAUCAACGCUGCCAGUCUCCAGGUCUCCAACACUUCCUUGUCCUACGAACAGGCCCUCCUCUUCCCUGCCGGCUCGGGGCACAUCGUAGUAGCCUCGGCUACCAGCACGUCUGGGGUGGCUGGUCAACUGUUGGGGAGCACCGGCAGUAGUGGAAGCGGCAGCGGAGGCCACAACCUGACACGCCGCAGCACCGUCAGUCUGCUGGACACGUACCAGCGAUGCGGGCUUAAGCGCAAAAGCGAGGAGCUGGACAACAACAACGGGAGUGGAAGCAGCGUGCACUUGGUCGAGGAGCAGCAACUGCCUGCACCCAUGAUCCAGAACAACGCGCAAAGCGGGGCCACCGUCGCAACGGCGACUGCCUCCACGACGGCGACGUCCAAGAACAGUGGAGCCAACAGCGAGGGCGACUACCAGCUCUUGCAGCACGAGGUGCUUUGCUCCUUGACCAACACCUACGAGGUGCUGGAGUUCUUGGGUCGAGGGACGUUCGGGCAGGUGGUGAAGUGCUGGAAACGCGGCACCAGCGAGAUCGUGGCCAUCAAGAUCCUCAAGAACCACCCUUCGUACGCAAGGCAGGGCCAGAUCGAAGUGAGCAUACUGGCGCGGCUGAGCACGGAGAGCGCGGACGACUACAACUUUGUUCGAGCAUACGAGUGCUUCCAGCACAAGAACCACACGUGCCUGGUCUUCGAGAUGUUGGAGCAGAACCUGUACGACUUCCUCAAGCAGAACAAGUUCAGCCCGUUGCCGCUCAAGUACAUCCGACCCAUCCUGCAGCAGGUGGCCACUGCCCUCAUGAAGCUCAAGAGCCUCGGACUGAUCCACGCCGACUUGAAACCUGAGAACAUCAUGCUUGUGGACCCAGCACGCCAACCCUACAGGGUCAAGGUCAUCGACUUCGGCUCCGCUAGUCACGUCUCCAAAGCGGUGUGUUCUACCUACCUGCAGUCCAGAUACUAUAGGUAAGGCGUUAAUGUUUCAUUGCCCUUUGUAGGAAUUUCUCCUAUUCAGAUGUUCACUGUUAGUUUUAGAAAAGGUUGCUAUGGCUACUUUAAGAGUCCUCUACUUCUUGGAUCGCUAACUAACUUCUCUUCAUGCAGGAAUUUGUGUUGUGUAGCAUAAAUAGAUUGGUGGAUUAAUUGCUUCUGCUAUCUUGAAAUUUUUUUUAACCUGGAUCACAUACAUGGCAAAAAAUUACUGCUUGGGUUUUGGAUUAGUCCUUUAGACUUGUUUUCCUGUAAAACACGAACAAUUUCCUUGAAAUGCAGCAGUACAUAAGGUAUUAAGACUUGUUUUGUAUCUUGAAUAUGAGUGUAUGUCGUCUUCCUUAACUGGUUUAUACUUUAAAAACAC